AUGGAAAGCUUCAAUUCUGAUGAGUUGGUGGCUCCCGCGUGGCUCAAUGCUCAGUUUAUUGAGGAGGUGCUUAGAAAACAUGAAAAGGUAGCAGAACUUAAUGUCUUGGAUGUUCGAAUGUCUCCGGCAAGUGCCAAGGGCGAUCACUAUGCGAGCAUUAUGUUUCGGGCGAAUGUCUCGUAUGCUAUCAAAGGGGCAAAACAAUCUAAGUCGCUGAUCAUCAAGACAAUGCCCGAUCAGGAGGGUCACAAGAAGGAGCUGCUGAGUGAGUCCCAUAUCUUUGAAACAGAGAUUGGCAUGUAUACCAAAGUGCUGCCCAGAUUCGAGGAGAUACUAAGCGCGGCGGGCGAUAAUACUAGACUAUGUGUGCCCUGUUUGUAUUGCUCGUUGGAACCGCGUCAAGUUAUGAUCUUUGAAGAUCUGGUGCCGCUGGGAUAUACGGUCGUCCGGAAACGCGAGCCAUUCAGUGAGGAACUGAAGCUUGCCUUAUUGAAGCUGGCCAAGUUGCAUGCGGUUAGCUUCCAUAUGCUUCACGAGCAACCCGAUUAUCUGCAAGAAUUCAAACACGGAAUCUUCGAGAUACCAAAUAUCCGGCAACACCCCUUUUGCAGCAAAGGCAUGGAAAAGUUCCUAGAUUUCCUGGAAGAAGUUCCAGAGUUGAGAAAGUAUAAGCCGCACUUCAAGAAGCUGGAAAAUGAUUACAUAGAUCGCUUGGAAAAUGUAAUGCAGGAGUAUCGCAAGAAUCGCCAAUCGGGCGGAUAUUAUGUCCUAUGCCACGGCGACUUUCAUCUGAAGAACAUGAUGUUCAAGCGGCGGGAAAAUGGAGCUUUGGAAGAUGUUAUGCUACUGGACUUCCAAAUGAGUAACAUUUGCCCCAUUACCAUGGAUCUGAUAUAUGCCGUAUAUAUGUUGAUGAGCAUGGAAGAUCGGCGCAAUAACUAUAAAGAGCUUAUUAACUAUUAUUUCUCCGAGUUCCUUGCAACAUUACAGAAAAUUGGCUAUAAAGGUGAAUUACCCAGUUCGGUGGAGUUCUGGAAGCAAAUCUCCCAGCAUAAGUGCUAUGACAUCUAUUUGCUAACCACCUGCUUGCCAAUGAUUUAUGCCCUUAAGCUCUACGACGUUGAUCCCGCUGAUAUAUUUCAAAAGGAAGACGUACAAAGAAGACUCUACCGAUUAGACUUGUACGUUCAGGAUGUUAAGCAUUUGUUGGCCAGAUUUGAGAAAGAUGGCUUCUUUGAAUAG